AUGACUAGUCCAAAACUGAGUUUUCUUGUAAUUUUCAUUUACGGUUUUCUUUCGCACAAAUCCCAGGGUCUUUCGCCAGUGAUCCUUAUACCUGGAGAUGGAGGUUCUCAAAUGGAGGCGAAGCUAAACAAGACCCAUGUAGUCCACUACAUAUGUGAGAAAACAUCGGAUUUCUUCAACAUUUGGUUAAAUUUAGAGCUCCUGGUUCCAUUCAUAAUUGACUGCUGGGUAGACAACCUAAGGCUGGAGUAUAACAAUGUCACGAGGAGCACAUCAAACGCAGCUGGGGUUGAAAUCCGUGUACCAGGCUGGGGUAAUCCAGAGCCUGUGGAAUGGCUAGAUCCAUCUCGUGACAAAGCUGGAGCAUACUUCACCACUAUAGCUGAUACACUAGUCAAGCUUGGUUACCAGAGAAAUGUGUCCAUUGUUGGUGCACCAUACGAUUUCAGAAGGGCUCCGAAUGAAAAUUCCGAGUUCUUCGUAAACCUCAAGACUCUGGUGGAGGACACGUACAAUCUGAACAACAAGUCUUCUGUGACUCUCUUAGUGCACAGUAUGGGCGGUCUCAUGGCGGUGCACUUCCUACGGCUGCAGCCUCAAAAGUGGAAGGACCAGUAUAUCAGGAGACUGGUCUCGCUCUCUACGCCUUGGGCUGGAUCUAUGAAAGCUGUCAAGGUAUUUGCUAUAGGUGAUAACUUAGGCAGCGUGAUGUUGCGGGAGAGCAUAAUGCGUGCACAGCAGGUCACGUGUCCGUCGCUGGCGUGGCUUCUGCCGUCCCCUCUGUUCUGGAAGUCGAACGAGGUACUCGUCCAGACUGACAAGUUUAAUUACACGAUUCAGGACUUCCAGAAGCUGUUCACUGACAUGGAGCUGCCGAACGCGUGGGAGAUGCGCAAAGACACAGAGAAGUACACAAAGGACUUCUCCGCGCCAGGAGUUGAAGUACACUGCAUAUAUGGGUACAACGUAUCUACUGUUGAGAGACUCGUGUACAAAUCCGGUACAUGGCUAGAUGGGUACCCAACCCUUGCAACGGGCGACGGCGACGGCACAGUUAACCUGCGCUCGCUCAGCGCCUGCGAAUAUUGGAGAAAAAAGCGCCUCAGGAACGGCCAUUCAAUCAAGUCCUUAGCUCUGCAAAAUGCUGAACAUCUCAAGAUACUCCACGAUCAGCGAGCGCUGGACUAUAUCACGCUUUUAGUCAAGAAUUGA